CAGGCCGCGCGAGAUGCCGAGAGCCGAGGAGCAGGCCGCGCUCGCGGCGGAGAACGCGGACGAGGAGCCGGGCGCCGACCCGCGACUGCGACUCCUGGGGGCCUGCGUGGCCCGGAGCCUGCGGCCGGCCGCGGGCGCCUGGGAGCGCUGCGCCGGGACGGCCGAGGCCGAGCCGCUGCUGCAGGCCUUCCUGGGCCGCGAGGCUGCGCGGGCGCCGCGGCCGCUGCUGGUGGUGCGGCCCGGGCCCGGGGGCCUGGCGGUGCUGCCGGGGCUGGACGCGGGAGCCGAGCCCGGGCCGGCCCGCGCCAAGGGGCUCUUCUUCCUGCGCACCGGGCCCGAGCCGCCGGGGCCCGGCAGCCUCCGCGGCGCCGUGCUCUGGGGAGAUCUGCCCGCGGCGCCUCUGGAGCACCUGGCCGCGCUGCUCUCUGAGGUUGUUAUACCCAUCUUGGCCAAUGAAAAGAACCACCUGGAAUGGCCCCACGUGGUAUGUCAAGAUGUCAGGCGGCACGCCCACAGCCUCCAGUGUGACCUCUUAGUUAUCCUUGAGCAAGUGAAGGGGAAAACCUUGCUGCCUCUGCCAGUAGGCUCAGAGAAAAUGGGGUUUGAGGACUCCGGAAGUGAGGCAGUUUUGGAUUCCAUAGAUAAGUCAGUCAUCUACGCCGUUGAGUCUGCAGUGAUCAGAUGGAGCCACCAAAUCCAGGUGGUACUCAAGAGAGAAUCUUCCCAGCCGCUCUUGCCAGGGGAAAAUCCCACCCCUGAGGUGGAACUGGCAUUCUGGAAGAGCAGGUGUGAGGAUCUGGAAUACAUCUACGGUCAACUAAGAACCAUCAAGGUGAGGGGCAUGGCCGGGCUCCUGGACAAGCUUCAGAGCAGCUACUUCCCUGCUUUCAAAGCCAUGUUCAGAGAUGUUGCAGCAGCCCUGACUGAGGCUCAGGACAUCCACGCCCACCUGAUGCCACUCCAUCGCCAUCUGGAAACCCUGGAGAGUGUGGAGUUUCCGGAGGUGAAGCCACGGCUGCAGCCUCUGCUGCAUGUCAUCUGUCUGAUCUGGGCCACGUGCGAGUCCUACCGCUCCCCGGGGAGGCUCACGGUGCUGCUCCAGGGGACCUGCAACCUUCUCAUCCAGCAGGCCUCAAAUUAUCUCGGCCCAGAAGAUCUCCUAAGAAGUGAGGUAGAAGAAAGUCAGAGGAAACUGCAGGUGGUCGUGGACACCUUGAGCUUCUUCAAGCAGCUGUUUCAAGACAGAAGGGAGAAUCUCCAUACUUACUUUAAAGAGAACCAGGAAGUCAUCGAAUGGGAUUUCCAGUCUUCUUUGGUCUUUGUGCGAUUGGAUAGCUUCCUGAGAAGACUACACAUGGUGGAGGAUCUCCUAAAGACAACCUUGGAUUUCCACAAACUCACAAAGCUUGAGUUUAGUGGCAUCAGAGGGAAUGCCCUGGGCCAGCAGGUCCUGCUAAUGUAUGAUGAAUUUCAAGAUAUGUACAGGAUCUUCACAGAGUCCUCCUAUGACUGCUUGGACCCCCAGAGCAUGGAAUUUGAAAAUGAUGUUUCAGAAUUUAACCAGCAAGUAGAAGAUCUUGACCGAAGACUGGGGACCAUCUUCAUUCAAGCCUUUGAUGACAUAUCGGGUUUGGAACAUGCCUUUAAGCUGCUAGACAUAGUGGGAAACCUCCUCGAAAGACCACUAGUAGCGCAGGAUGUGUCUGAUAAAUACCUGGUCCUCAUCAGAAUGUUCACCAAAGACCUGGAUGCAGUGAGGACCAUCUACACUCAGCACGUCCAGGAGGAAGCAGAACUUGGGUUCUCCCAGGUGCACAAGAACAUGCCCGCUGUGGCCGGGGGUCUUCGCUGGGCACAGGAGCUGAGGCAGCGCAUCCAGGGGCCCUUCAGCAACUUCAGGAACAUCACACAUCCUUGCAUGGAGUCGGCCGAAGGCAAGCGCAUGAUACAAAAAUAUGAAGAUAUACUCUCAUUGCUGGAAAAGUAUGAGGCAAGACUUUAUGAGGACUGGUGUCAGACAGUAUCAGAGAAGUCACAGUACAACCUCUCCCUGCCACUUCUGAGACGUGAUCCAGAGACAAAGCAAAUCACUGUCAACUUUAACCCACAGCUGAUUUCAGUGCUGAAAGAAAUGAGUUACCUGGAACCCAGGGAGACGAAGCACAUUCCGGAGACGGCAGCGGCCUUGUUCUCCUCCAGGGAAUUCUAUCGACAGCUCGUGGCUAAUUUGGAGUUGAUGGCAAGUUGGUACAACAAGGUGACGAAAACUCUGCUAGAGGUGGAAUUUCCUUUAGUGGAGGGUGAGCUGCACAGUAUUGAUCUCCGCCUGAGAGCUGCAGAGGAGACUCUGAACUGGAAAACAGAAGGCAUUUGGGAUUAUGUCAAUCAAAUCACCAACAGUAUUCACAAUCUUGAACAAAGAAUUCAGAAAACUAAAGACAAUGUGGAAGAGAUUCAAAACAUCAUGAAAACAUGGGUGUCUCCAAUAUUUAAGAGAAAAGAUGGGAAAAAGGAAUGCCUUCUCUCUCUGGAUGAUCAACAUGAUCGAAAGGAAAAAUAUUACAAUCUCAUCCAAGAAUCUGGCCUUAAGAUUCAUGCCCUUGUUCAGGAAAACUUGGAUUUGUUUUCAGCAGACCCAACAUCCACCAUCUGGAAAACUUAUGUUAACUACCUUGAUGAUAUGUUACUGGAUGGAUUCUUUCUUGCCAUUGAGUGCUCCCUCGAGUAUCUCCUGGAAAAUACUGAGUGUAAGGCAGGACUCACCCCGAUAUUUGAAGCACAAUUGAGCUUAGCUACUCCAGAAUUGGUUUUCUAUCCCUCUUUGGAGCCUGGAGUGAAAGGGGGCUUUUACGACCUUAUAGAGGGUCUUGUCACCAGCAUUUUUGGGAUAUCAUCUCUGGUGCAGCGGCUUUCCCCACAAGACCACCCCCCUCACUAUCAGGUCGAUAUGGACAGCAUGGCUGAUUUGGCAAGCAUGCGGAGCAUGCUCAUGGAAAGGGUUCAGAAGAUGACAGUGCUCUGCUGUGGCUAUCGGAACACCUUCAGCCAAUAUUCCUACCUCUACGUGGAGGACCGGAAGGAGAUUCUGGGUCAGUUUCUGUUGUAUGGGCAUGUCCUUACCCCGGAGGAGAUUGAGGCCCCUGUAGAAGACGGCAUCCCAGAGGCUCCUCCCCUCCUCCAGCAGUUUAAAGUCCAGAUCGAUUCCUAUGAAAAGCUCUAUGAGGAGGUGUGCAGGCUGGAGCCCAUCAAGGUGUUUGACGGCUGGAUGAAAAUCGAUGUGCGCCCCUUUAAAGCAUCCCUACUGAAUAUAAUUAAGAAGUGGAGCCUCAUGUUUAAACAGCACCUUGUUGACUAUGUCAGUAACAGCUUGGCUGACCUUGAAGUUUUUAUAAAAAACAGUGAAGGUGGCUUGCUCAAGAAAGUCGAAAAAGGAGAUUUCAAAGGAUUGGUUGAGAUAAUGGGACACCUUCUGGCUCUUAAAGAACGUCAGAGCAGCACGGAUGAGAUGUUUGAGCCCUUAAAGCAAACCCUUGAGUUGCUGAAGGCCUAUGAGCAAGAAUUGCCAGAAACAGUGUUUAAGCAGCUGGAGGAGCUGCCCGAGAAAUGGAACAACAUCAAGAAGACGGCCAUCACCGUGAGGCAGCAGGUGGCCCCGCUGCAGGCGAACGAAGUGACCCUGCUCCGCCAGCGGUGCACGGCCUUUGAUGGGGAACAGCAGCGAUUCUGGGAGCGAUUCUGCAGAGAAGCUCCCUUCAGGUUUGAUAGCACUGACCCUUAUCAAACGCUGGAUGCCAAGCACAUCGAGAUCCAGCAGAUGGAAUCCACCAUGGCCUCCAUUUCUGAGUCUGCAGGCUUGUUUGAGGUCAACGUUCCUGACUAUAAGCAACUGAGGCAGUGCAGGAAGGAGGCCGGUCAGCUGAAGGAACUCUGGGACACUGUGGGAAUGGUCACCUCCAGUAUUCAUGCCUGGGAGACCACCAAGUGGAUGGAUAUCAACGUGGAGGCGAUGGACUUGGAGUGCAAACGGUUUGCCAGGCAAAUCCGGAAUCUCGACAAGGAGAUCAGGGCCUGGGAUGCAUUCAUAGGCCUGGAAAACACUGUGUUGAAUACCCUGACCUCCCUGAGGGCCGUGGCUGAGCUGCAGAAUCCCGCCAUCCGGCCACGGCACUGGAAGCAGCUGAUGCAGGCCACCGGCGUGAGCUUCACCAUGGAUGGUGACACCACCCUGGCACACCUCCUGCAGCUCCAACUGCACCACUUUGAGGACGAGGUCCGGGGCAUUGUGGACAAAGCUGUGAAAGAGAUGGGCAUGGAGAAGACCUUAAAGGAGCUGCAGACCACCUGGGCCAGCAUGGAAUUCCAGUAUGAGCCCCACACGCGCACCCAUGUUCCCCUGCUGCGGUCCGAUGAGGACCUCAUUGAGGUCCUGGAGGAUAACCAAGUCCAACUUCAGAACCUGAUGAUGUCCAAGUACAUCGCUUUCUUCCUAGAGGAAGUGUCAGGCUGGCAGAAAAGGCUCUCCACUGCGGACGCUGUCAUCUCAAUCUGGUUUGAGGUGCAGCGCACGUGGUCUCAUCUGGAAAGUAUAUUCAUUGGAUCUGAGGAUAUCCGGGCGCAGCUACCCCAGGAUUCUAAAAGAUUUGAAGGCAUUGACACUGAUUUUAAAGAGCUAGCUUAUGAUGCUCAGAAAACUCCAAAUGUAGUGGAAGCCACCAACAAAUCAGGUCUUUAUGAAAAACUGGAAGAUAUUCAGAGCAGAUUGUGCCUGUGUGAGAAGGCCCUGGCGGAAUACCUAGAUACCAAGAGGCUGGCUUUCCCUAGGUUUUACUUUCUCUCCUCUUCAGAUCUGUUAGACAUCCUUUCCAAUGGCACAGCUCCGCUGCAGGUCCAACGCCACCUGUCCAAACUCUUUGACAACAUGGCCAAGAUGCAGUUCCAGUUAGAUGUCAGUGAGGAGCCAACCAAGAUAAGUCUUGGCAUGUACAGCAAAGAGGAAGAGUAUGUGGCCUUCAGUGAGCCUUGCAACUGCAGUGGGCAGGUGGAAACAUGGUUGAACCAUGUGCUCGCUCACAUGAAAGCCACCGUGAGGCAUGAAAUGGCAGAAGGUGUAACUGCCUAUGAAGAAAAGCCGAGGGAGCAGUGGCUCUGUGACUACCCAGCCCAGGUGGCCUUGACCUGCACUCAGAUCUGGUGGACAACAGAGGUGGGCAUUGCCUUUGCCAGGCUGGAGGAAGGUUAUGAGAAUGCCAUGAAGGACUACUACAAGAAGCAAGUGACCCAGCUCAAAACCCUCAUCACCAUGCUGAUCGGCCAGCUCUCCAAGGGGGACCGGCAAAAGAUCAUGACCAUCUGCACCAUCGAUGUGCAUGCCCGAGACGUGGUGGCCAAGAUGAUUGCUCAGAAAGUAGACAAUGCCCAGGCCUUCCUCUGGCUGUCCCAGCUACGCCAUCGCUGGGAUGAUGAAGCCAAACACUGCUUUGCCAACAUCUGUGAUGCCCAGUUCCUAUAUUCCUAUGAGUACUUGGGAAAUACUCCUCGCCUGGUGAUUACGCCUUUGACUGACAGGUGCUACAUCACCCUCACCCAGUCUCUGCAUCUGACCAUGAGUGGGGCUCCAGCAGGACCUGCAGGCACAGGCAAGACGGAGACCACCAAGGACCUGGGCCGAGCACUGGGCAUCAUGGUCUAUGUGUUCAACUGCUCAGAGCAGAUGGACUACAAGUCUUGCGGCAACAUCUACAAAGGCCUCGCUCAGACUGGCGCCUGGGGCUGUUUUGAUGAGUUUAAUAGGAUCUCCGUGGAGGUCUUGUCAGUGGUGGCAGUGCAGGUGAAAAGCAUUCAAGAUGCAAUUAAAGAGAAGAAACAGCGGUUCAACUUCCUUGGGGAGGAGAUCAACCUGAAUCCUUCGGUUGGUAUCUUCAUCACCAUGAACCCUGGCUAUGCCGGCCGCACGGAGCUUCCGGAGAACCUUAAGGCACUCUUCAGGCCCUGUGCAAUGGUUGUUCCAGACUUCGAGCUGAUCUGUGAAAUCAUGCUGGUGGCAGAAGGAUUCAUUGAAGCCCGAUUAUUGGCCAGAAAGUUCAUCACCCUUUACCAGUUGUGCAAAGAACUUCUCUCCAAACAGGAUCACUACGACUGGGGCCUGCGGGCCAUCAAGUCCGUGCUGGUGGUGGCCGGAUCCCUCAAGCGAGGAGACCCUGGCCGGCCCGAGGACCAGGUCCUGAUGCGCUCCCUGCGAGACUUCAACAUCCCCAAGAUUGUGACCGAUGACAUGCCAGUGUUCAUGGGCCUGAUCGGAGACCUGUUUCCUGCCCUGGACGUCCCCCGGAGGAGAGACCUCAACUUUGAAGCUUUGGUGAGGAAGGCAGUGGUGGAUCUGAAGCUGCAGGCUGAGGACAACUUUGUGCUCAAGGUGGUCCAGCUGGAGGAGCUGCUGGUGGUGCGGCACUCUGUAUUUGUGGUGGGCAGUGCUGGCACUGGCAAGUCUCAGGUACUGAGGUCCUUGCACAAGGCCUACCAGAUCAUGAAACGGCGACCUGUCUGGACUGACCUCAAUCCCAAAGCAGUCACGAACGAUGAGCUCUUUGGCAUCAUCAAUCCAGCCACACGAGAAUGGAAGGAUGGAUUGUUCUCUUCCAUCAUGAGGGAGCUCGCCAACAUCACCCAUGAUGGGCCCAAGUGGAUUUUACUGGAUGGGGACAUAGACCCCAUGUGGAUUGAGUCUCUAAACACAGUCAUGGAUGAUAACAAGGUGCUGACCCUGGCGAGCAAUGAGAGGAUCCCCCUGAGUCCCACGAUGAGGCUCCUCUUUGAGAUCAGCCACCUGCGCACAGCCACCCCGGCAACUGUCUCCAGAGCAGGGAUCCUGUACAUCAACCCAGCAGACCUCGGAUGGAACCCCCCUGUGAGCAGCUGGAUUGACAAGAGAGAAAUCCAGACAGAGAAAGCCAACCUAACCAUUCUAUUUGACAAGUAUCUUCUAACCUGCUUAGACACACUCAGAACCAGGUUUAAGAAGAUUAUCCCGAUCCCAGAGCAGAGCAUGGUUCAGAUGCUGUGCCACCUUCUGGAGUGUCUUCUGACCAAGGAGGACAUCCCUGCAGACUGCCCCAAGGAAAUUUAUGAACUUUACUUCGUGUUUGCUGCCAUCUGGGCUUUUGGCGGAGCAAUGGCCCAAGACCAGCUUGUGGACUACCGGGUAGAGUUCAGCAAGUGGUGGCUGACUGAGUUCAAGACAGUCAAGUUUCCUUCCCAGGGAACCAUUUUUGACUAUUACAUAGACCCGGAGACCAAGAAAUUUGAGCCUUGGUCCAAGCUAAUCCCCAAGUUUGAAUUUGACCCAGACAUGCCUUUGCAGGCUUGUUUGGUGCACACCAGCGAGACCAUCCGAGUGUGCUACUUCAUGGAGCGGCUCAUGGAGCGGCGACGGCCUGUCAUGCUGGUGGGGACGGCCGGCACGGGCAAGUCGGUCCUGGUGGGAGCUCGGCUGGCCAGCCUGGACCCGGAGGAAUGCCUGGUGAAGAACGUGCCGUUCAACUACUACACCACAUCCUUAAUGCUUCAGGCUGUCUUGGAGAAGCCUCUGGAAAAGAAAGCUGGCAGAAACUAUGGCCCUCCAGGCAACAAGAAGCUCAUCUACUUCAUUGAUGACAUGAACAUGCCUGAGGUGGAUGCCUACGGGACCGUGCAGCCCCACACCAUCAUCAGGCAGCACCUGGACUAUGGCCACUGGUAUGAUAGGAACAAGCUGUCACUAAAGGAGAUCAUGAAUGUACAGUAUGUUUCCUGUAUGAACCCUACGGCAGGUAGUUUCACCAUCAACCCACGGCUCCAGCGCCACUUUAGUGUGUUUGUACUCUCCUUUCCGGGAGUAGAUGCCCUGUCCUCCAUCUACAGCACCAUCCUGACUCAGCACCUAAAGCUUGGAAACUUCCCAGCAUCGCUGCAGAAAUCCAUCCCCCAGCUGAUCAGCCUGGCCCUUACCUUCCACCAGAGAAUUGCCACCACAUUCCUACCCACGGCGAUCAAGUUCCACUACAUCUUCAACCUCAGAGAUUUUGCCAACAUUUUCCAGGGCAUUCUCUUCUCCUCAGUGGAAUGUAUCAAGUCCUCACAGGACCUAGUAAAGCUCUAUCUGCAUGAAUCAAAUCGGAUUUAUAGAGAUAAGAUGGUGGAAGAAAAGGACUUUGAUCUUUUUGAUAAAAUCCAGACAGAAGUGGUCAAAAAGAUUUUUGAUGAUAUUGAGGAGAGUGUGGAGCAGACCCAAAGCCUGAACGUAUACUGCCACUUUGCAAACGGUAUUGGCGAGCCCAGGUACAUGCCUGUACGGUCGUGGGAACGUUUGACCCGGACGCUAGUGGAAGCCUUGGAGGCUCACAACGAAGUCAACACCGUGAUGGACCUGGUUCUCUUUGAGGAUGCCAUACGCCACGUCUGCCACAUCAAUCGCAUCUUGGAGUCCCCGCGGGGAAACGCUUUGCUGGUCGGUGUAGGCGGGAGCGGCAAGCAGAGCCUGACAAGGCUUGCAGCUUUCAUCAGCUCCAUGGAUGUGUUCCAGAUCACUCUGCGGAAGGGCUACCAAAUCCCCGACUUCAAGGUGGACUUGGCCAGCCUGUGCCUGAAAGCCGGGGUGAAGAAUCUCAGCACAGUGUUCCUCAUGACCGAUGCCCAAGUGGUGGAUGAGAGGUUCCUUGUGCUCAUUAAUGAUCUCUUGGCAUCUGGAGAGAUCCCAGAUCUCUACUCUGAUGACGAAGUUGAAAACAUCAUAAACAACGUGAGGAACGAAGUCAAGAGCCAGGGUCUGGUUGACAACAGAGAGAACUGCUGGAAGUUCUUUAUAGAUCGAGUCCGACGACAACUGAAGGUGACUCUCUGUUUCUCCCCGGUGGGAAACAAGCUGAGGGUCCGCAGCAGGAAGUUUCCUGCCAUUGUGAACUGCACAGCCAUCGACUGGUUCCAUGAGUGGCCUCAGCAGGCGUUAGAGUCUGUCAGCCUCCGCUUCUUGCAGAACACAGAGAACAUUGAGCCCACAGUCAAGCAAUCGAUUAGCAAGUUCAUGGCCUUUGUCCACACAAGUGUGAACCAAACAUCCCAGUCUUAUCUGAGCAACGAGCAACGCUACAACUACACAACUCCCAAAUCCUUUCUGGAGUUCAUCAGACUCUACCAGAGCUUGCUGCGCAGGAAUGGGAAAGAGCUGAAGUCCAAAAUGGAGCGGCUUGAGAAUGGGCUGCUGAAGCUCCACGGUACCUCUGCCCAGGUGGAUGAUCUGAAAGCCAAGCUGGCUACCCAGGAAGUGGAGCUGAAGCAGAAGAAUGAGGACGCAGACAAGCUGAUUCAGGUGGUGGGCGUGGAGACUGAUAAAGUGAGCAGAGAGAAAGCCAUCGCAGAUGAGGAAGAGCAGAAGGUGGCCCUCAUCAUGCUGGAGGUUCAGCAGAAGCAGAAGGACUGUGAGGAAGAUCUGGCCAAAGCAGAGCCAGCCCUCACCGCAGCCCAGGCAGCUCUCAAUACCCUCAACAAGACCAAUCUGACCGAGCUGAAGUCCUUCGGUUCUCCGCCUUCAGCUGUCAGCAACGUCAGCGGUGCCGUGAUGGUGCUAAUGGCCCCCGGGGGCAAGGUGCCCAAGGACCGGAGCUGGAAGGCCGCCAAGGUCACUAUGGCCAAAGUGGACGGCUUCCUGGACUCCCUCGUCAACUUCGACAAGGAGAACAUUCAUGACAACUGCCUCAGGGCCAUCAGGCCGUAUCUCCAAGACCCUGAGUUCAAUCCAGAGUUUGUGGCCACCAAGUCUUACGCAGCCGCUGGCCUCUGCUCUUGGGUCAUCAACAUUGUGAGGUUCUACGAGGUGUUCUGUGACGUGGAGCCGAAGCGCCAAGCGUUGAGCAAAGCCACCUCGGACCUCACAGCAGCCCAGGAGAAGCUGGCUGCCAUCAAAGCCAAGAUCACUCACCUUAAUGAAAACCUGGCAAAACUCACAGCCAAGUUUGAGAAAGCAACAGCAGACAAACUCAAAUGUCAGCAAGAAGCCGAAGUGACCGCAGGCACCAUCUCCCUUGCCAACCGCCUGGUUGGAGGACUUGCCUCUGAAAACGUGAGGUGGGCAGAAGCUGUGCAGAGCUUCAAGCAACAGGAAAGGGUGUUAUGUGGAGACAUUUUACUCAUUACGGCUUUCAUCUCCUACCUCGGCUUCUUUACAAGGAAAUACCGACAGAGCCUCAUGGAUGGGGCCUGGAGACCUUUCCUGAGCCAGCUGGAAGCUCCCAUCCCCGUCACCCCCACACUGGAUCCCCUGAGGAUGCUGACGGACGAUGCCGACGUGGCUGCCUGGCAGAAUGAGGGCCUCCCUGCUGACCGCAUGUCCAUGGAGAACGCCACCAUCCUCAUCAACUGUGAGCGCUGGCCACUCAUGGUGGACCCUCAGCUACAGGGGAUCAAAUGGAUCAAGAACAAAUAUGGCGAAGACCUCCGGGUCACCCAGAUUGGCCAAAAAGGUUACCUUCAAACCAUAGAACAUGCCCUGGAAGCUGGCGAGGUGGUGCUGAUUGAGAACCUGGAGGAGUCCAUUGAUCCUGUUCUGGGACCCCUACUUGGGAGAGAAGUCAUCGGGAAAGGACGAUUUAUUAAAAUUGGAGACAAAGAGUGUGAGUAUAAUCCCAAGUUCCAGCUCAUCCUUCACACCAAGCUGGCCAAUCCUCACUACCAGCCAGAGUUGCAGGCUCAGGCCACCCUGAUCAACUUCACCGUGACCAGAGAUGGCCUGGAGGACCAACUGCUGGCUGCCGUGGUCAGCAUGGAGAGACCAGACCUGGAGCAACUGAAGUCAGAUCUCACGAAGCAGCAGAACGGAUUCAAAAUCACCCUCAAAACUUUAGAAGACAAUCUGCUCUCUCGCCUCUCCUCAGCAUCUGGGAACUUCCUGGGAGAAACAGCCUUGGUGGAGAAUCUGGAGAUCACCAAGCAGACGGCUGCAGAAAUUGAGAUCAAGGUCCAGGAGGCCAAGGUGACCGAAGUGAAAAUCAACGAGGCCCGAGAGCACUACCGGCCAGCGGCCGCCCGAGCGUCACUGCUCUACUUCAUCAUGAACGACCUCAGCAAAAUCCACCCAAUGUACCAGUUUUCUCUCAAGGCCUUCAGUAUUGUGUUCCGGAAGGCUGUGGAGAGGGCUGCUCCGGACGAGAGCCUCAAGGGGCGUGUGAACCACCUCAUAGACAGCAUCACUUUCUCUGUGUACCAGUACACCACCCGCGGGCUCUUCGAGUGCGAUAAGCUGACCUACCUUGCCCAGCUCACCUUUCAGAUUCUCCUAAUGAACCAAGAAGUCAGUGCAGCAGAGCUGGAUUUCCUGCUCCGGUGUCCAGCCCAGACAGGCCUCACGAGUCCAGUGGAGUUCCUCUCUCAUCAGGCCUGGGGCUGCGUCAAGGCACUCUCAUCAAUGGAAGAAUUCUGCAAUCUGGAUCGGGACAUUGAGGGAUCUGCCAAGAGCUGGAAGAAGUUUGUGGAGUCAGAGUGUCCUGAGAAGGAGAAGUUCCCGCAGGAGUGGACGAACAAGACAGCCCUGCAGCACCUCUGCAUGAUGAGGGCCAUGAGGCCCGAUCGGAUGACCUAUGCCAUGAGAGAUUUUGUUGAGGAGAAGUUAGGGAGCAAAUACGUGGUGGGAAGAGCCCUGGAUUUUGCAGCCUCAUUUGAAGAAUCAGGACCAGCCACACCCAUGUUUUUUAUCCUGUCUCCAGGGGUGGACCCUCUGAAGGAUGUGGAAACUCAAGGAAAAAAACUCGGAUAUACCUUCAACAAUCGAAAUUUUCACAACGUGUCCUUGGGGCAAGGACAGGAAGUAGUAGCCGAGGCUGCACUGGAUCUGGCUGCCAAGAAAGGUCACUGGGUUAUUUUGCAGAACAUCCACCUGGUAGCCAAGUGGCUCAGCACUCUGGAAAAGAAGCUGGAGGAGCACAGUGAGAACAGCCACCCAGAGUUCAGGGUCUUCAUCAGUGCAGAGCCUGCGUCCUCCCCUGAGGGCCAUAUCAUCCCCCAGGGCAUCCUGGAGAAUUCCAUUAAGAUCACCAAUGAGCCCCCCACAGGAAUGCAUGCCAACCUGCACAAGGCCCUGGACAACUUCACUCAGGACUCUCUGGAGAUGUGUUCCCGCGAGAUAGAGUUUAAGAGCAUCCUCUUUGCUCUUUGUUACUUUCACGCCGUGGUGGCAGAAAGACGAAAGUUUGGGCCCCAGGGAUGGAAUCGUUCCUACCCCUUCAACACGGGGGACCUCACCAUCUGUGUGAACGUGCUCUACAACUUCCUGGAGGCCAACACGAAGGUCCCCUACGAUGAUCUGCGCUACCUCUUUGGAGAGAUCAUGUACGGAGGUCACAUCACAGACGACUGGGACCGGAGGCUCUGCAGAACCUACCUGGAGGAAUUCAUUAAGCCAGAAAUGUUGGAAGGAGAGCUGUCUCUGGCCCCAGGGUUCCCACUCCCAGGCAACCUGGACUACGGUGGUUACCACCAGUACAUCGAUGCCGAGCUACCCCCAGAAUCACCAUAUCUGUACGGCCUCCAUCCAAAUGCAGAGAUCGGCUUCCUCACCCAGACCUCCGAAAAGCUCUUUCGCACGGUGCUGGAGCUGCAGCCUCGGGACAGCCAGGCAGGAGAUGGAGCCGGGGCCACACGGGAAGAAAAGGUCAAGGCCCUCCUGGAAGAAAUCUUGGAGCGGAUGACGGACGAAUUUAACAUCCCAGAGCUGAUGGCCAAGGUGGAGGAGCGUCCGCCCUGCAUCGUGGUUGUCUUCCAGGAGUGUGAGCGCAUGAACGUCCUCACCAGGGAGAUCCGGCGCUCCCUGAGGGAGCUGGACCUAGGCUUAAAGGGGGAGCUGACCAUGACCAGUGACAUGGAGAACUUACAGAACGCCCUGCACCUGGACACGGUGCCGGAGCCCUGGGCCCGGCGAGCCUACCCCUCCACGGCAGGCCUGGCGACCUGGUUCCCGGACCUCCUCAACCGCAUCAGGGAGCUGGAGGCUUGGACCGGUGACUUCGCAGUGCCCUCCACCGUGUGGCUGACGGGCUUCUUCAACCCCCAGUCCUUCCUGACGGCCAUCAUGCAGUCCACAGCCCGCAAGAACGAGUGGCCCCUGGACCACAUGGCCCUGCAGUGUGACGUGACCAAGAAGAACAGAGAAGAGUUCAGGAGCCCGCCGCGGGAAGGGGCCUAUGUCCACGGUCUCUUCAUGGAAGGUGCCCGCUGGGACGCGCAGGCUGGGAUCAUCGCCGAGGCGAAGCUGAAGGACCUGACGCCCCCCAUGCCUGUGAUGUUCAUCAAGGCCAUCCCUGCAGAGAAGCAGGAUUGCCGCAGUGUCUAUCCCUGCCCCGUGUACAAGACUUGUCAGCGUGGACCCACUUACGUGUGGACCUUCAACCUGAAGACUAAGGAGAACCCAUCCAAGUGGGUGCUGGCUGGCGUGGCCUUGCUGCUCCAGGUGUAGCUCCCUGCAGAAGGGUGGAGAACGUAAGGAAGGGGCUGAGCUGGAGGCUGCCAAGGAACAGGUGGGUGCGGGUUGGCCGGGACACUUGGAAAAACAGGAAAUCACCAUGCCCCACAAGUUUGUAGAAUCCCUCUAGGGAACUUGGAGACAGGUGCCUAAAUCCAGUGAUCCUGAGCUGAAGGAGUGUGGGCCAGGGAACAAGGGCAGAAGAAUUGCAUAUUACUGAGCUUUUCCUAAUAAAGUGAUUUAUUCUUCAA